AUAUCCAUCCCAUAGACACAAUUUCAUGCACCGUUACAUUGUAUAAUUUUUGGACAAGGAGUUGCACGGUGGACAAUUGGACCUAAUGUAUCUCGGCACAUUAGUGCGUCUGAUUUGUUGUUAGCUGGGGACUUCCGACAUUUUUUCCGCGCAUCGGGACGUAAAACUAAGCGCCCUGGAGACUGGAGCGCACCGCCUCAAAUAGUCUAUGACCCAUGCAGAGCAUACAAAGCCCGAAGUAGGCUACCACUCGCUGUCAGGACUACUGUUUGUGUUGAUGUCAUCGGCGGCCGUGUUCGAACCGGAGCGUCCCACGAUUUCUCGUCAGGAUUACUAGAAUAACAAAAAUAUAUCGUACAAUAAUAGUCGUGUUUUUGGCCAACAGUGAAUAUGGGAGUUCUGGCGCACUGUGUUAUUCUUUUUAUAUUCCAGCAUUUGACGUCAUCUUAUGAUUUUAAAGAAGGACUAUAUAACAGCGGCCAGUAUGAAUUUGUGAAAGAUCCCAGUUUGAAUAUCGAAAAGAGAUCACCAGAUUUAGAUCCGUUUGAUUCUGAAUCAUCCGACCACAUUAGGAGCAGAAGAAGUGCGGAUCAAGGAGACUGUAACCGUCUCCAGGGAUUCGACACCAAGUUGACUAACAACACCCAAACCUAUUCCUUCAAUGACCUGAGCGGGUCCGUGUCACUGGCCUGGGUUGGAGACGCCACCGGGGUCAUCCUGGCUCUGACAACAUUCCAGGUGCCAUUCUUCAUGUUGCGGUUCGGUCAGUCUAAACUCUAUCGAAGUGAGAACUACGGGAAGUCGUUCCAGGAUGUCACUAACCUCAUCAACAACACUUUCAUCCGGACAGAGUUCGGCAUCGCCAUCGGACCAGAGAACUCUGGGAAGGUGAUCCUGACAGGUGACGUGUCUGGCAGCCUGGGAUCUCGUAUUUUUAUCUCCAGAGACUUUGGGAACAGCUUUGAGCAGCAGGACCUUCCUUUCAACCCCCUGAUGCAGAUCAUAUACAACCCCAUAGACGCCAACGUUCUCCUGGUCAUCAGCAACACUAAUGAACUCUGGCUGUCUGAGGACUUUGGGGAGAAGUGGAGGAAGAUCCACGACAUGGUGUGUCUGGCCAAAUGGGGGAUGGACAGUAACCUAUUCUUUACCACCAACCUCAAUGGAUCCUGCAAUGAAAGGGGGAUGCUAGACUUGAGAAAGACGGCAGACUACGGGAAGACCAUCAAGACUGUUGCCAUUAAAAUCUUCUCUUUCGGCCUGGGGGGAAAGUUCCUGUUUGCUUCUGUUAUGACUGGAACUGGCACUCUGAGGAUGAUCCAUGUGUCGACUAACCAGGGGGAGGAUUGGAACAUGGCUCAGCUGCCUCCGGUUGGCCACGAGGAGUUCUAUUCUAUCUUGUCAGCCAAUGACGACAUGGUGUUCAUGCACGUGGAUGAGCCAGGAGACACAGGCUACGGCAGCAUCUACGUGUCAGACGACAGGGGUACGGUGUACUCUAAGUCUCUGGAGCGUCACCUCUACACCACCACAGGGGGAGACACCGACUUCACCAACGUUACCUCUCUACGAGGGGUCUUCAUCACCAGUAUACUGGCAGAGGACGGCUCGGUGCAGUCCAUGGUGUCCUUCGACCAGGGAGGGGAAUGGGUGCCCCUGCAGAAGCCUGCCAACACCAAGUGUGACUCCACAGCCAAAGACCCCGACAAGUGCAGUCUCCACAUCCACGCAGCUUACAGCACGGCUAUGAAGCUGAACGUCCCCAUGCUGCCUCUCAGUGAACCAAACGCUGUAGGACUCAUCAUGGCGCACGGGAGUGUGGGCGAUGCCAUCUCUGUGAUGAAGCCUGACGUGUUCGUGUCAGAUGAUGGAGGUUACACCUGGCUACAGGCCCUGGAGGGACCUCACCACUAUGCCAUCCUGGACUCUGGUGGACUCCUGGUGGCCGUGGAGCACUCUGCUCAGCCCAUCAAAGACAUCAAGUUUUCCACAGACGAGGGCCAGUGCUGGCACGUUCACCAGUUCACCAGCGAUCCCAUCCACUUCACAGGGCUAGCGUCGGAGCCGGGGGCGAGGUCUAUGAACGUCAGUGUCUGGGGCUACAGAGACUCUCUGCUCAGUCAGUACUGGGUAUCAGUCACCAUCGACUUCAGAGAGCUGCUCACUAGAGACUGUGAGGACCAAGACUACGUGCAGUGGCUGGCGCACUCUGAUGACAUCAGCGACCCUAACGACGGCUGUAUGUUGGGUUACAAGGAGAAGUUCCUGCGUCUGAGGAAGGCCUCUGUCUGCUUGAACGGACGGGACUACGAGGUCAACAAGCAACCCGCCCCUUGUCUCUGCACCCUGGAUGACUUUCUGUGUGACUUUGGGUACUAUCGUAAAGAGAACAGCUCCGAGUGUGUGGAGCAGCCUGACCUGAAGGGCCACGUUCUGGAGUUCUGUCUGCAAGGCAAGAAGGAGCUGCUGCAGACCAGAGGCUAUAGGAAGAUCCCUGGGGAUAAGUGUGAGGGAGGAACACAGCCGGAAAGAAAAGAGAUCGACCUCAGUAAGAGGUGUGUCAAUGACCUACUGGGACCUCAGGAACUACUGACGGGCGGCCAUCUGUCCAGCUCAGCGCCCAUCGUAGUGACGGUUCUGAUCAUUAUCCUGCUCAGUGUCGUGGCCGGGUUCCUCUUUGUCAAGAAGUACGUCUGCGGUGGAAGGUUCCUGGUACACAGGUACUCUGUCCUACAGCAGCAUGCUGAGGCCCAGGGAGACGGAGUAGACGAGCCAUUAGACAGCAACCACACUCGGGCUAGCAACAAGACCGGCUUACACGAUUCAGACGAGGAUCUUCUGGAGUAACAGGUGGCAUUUCCAGCUACCAGGAGGAACCCCUAGCCUCCUGUCUCUCCUUUACAACCUAGAAGCUCCUGCAGCUACCAGGAGGAACCCCUAGCCUCCUGUCUCUCAUUUACAACCUAGAAGCUCCUGCAGCUACCAGGAGGAACCCCUAGCCUCCUGUCUCUCCUUUACAACCUAGAAGCUCCUGCAGCUACCAGGGGAAUCUAGUCUCCUGUCUGUCCUUAGGCUCACUGCUCUAUAUUGAAGAACAAGUUUGUCCUAUGUGCACACCGAGGCUCGCUGCUGCUCUCUCUUCUUCACUUCCUGUUACUUCCUCCUUCUCCCCUCCACCAUGACCCUUUAACUCUUAACCCCUGACCUUACAUCGCCUGGUGGAGAGUCCUUCUAACGCAGCUCUCAUCAGUGAGGUAUCCAAUGAGGCUUUCUGUUCUGAGUGAGACACACAUACAGAGUUCAGCAGGAGAGCAACGGGGGCCAGUAAGUAGUGUUGUUGUGGUUGAUUUUAGAAUGUAUUCUACCAAGUUCCUUUGGGAACAAUUGAGUGAUGGAAUGUGGUGGUUCUGGACUACUGGUGAACAUUUAAAUAAUGGACCUCUGGAACUGCUGUGUAGAAGCUGUUUUUAUCAUCAUCAGCAUCUUCUCUUAACAACAUAAAGCUAUCUUUUUUCAACCAAGUGAACAUAAACAACAUUACGGGUUAUACACACUUGGGACUGGGGCUCUUGGGAAUAUUACGUAUACGCUUCUAAUGAAGACUUCCUGUUUCCCCCCCCCCCCUGCACUGUACAUAAGAGCUUUCCUUUUUUCAUUGAUGUGACAGUCAGGGACAUGGUACAUGGGUUGCUGUUGGGUACUGUGGCUUGGAAAAAUGAUUUGUGUAAGUAUUUUGCCUACCUAAUAAGAUGCAAGUGGAAAUAUUUAUAAGCAUUUAAAGUUGGAUAGCAAUAACAUGUUUUUAGAUCCACUGUAUCAACACACUAAGCUUUCAUAGCAGGAGUGAACGUCCUCUAAACUAGACUGAACUAAAGUGACGUAUCCUAACCCGAGAAAUAUGUACCUGACUCAAACUUUCACCUCCUAAAUCAUUUGAUUUCACUACAAAUGUGUUCGCUGCAUGUAUUUCAAAUUAUAAUUUGGCUGUGGAACAAUGUCCUUUUUUCUUUUUGUUGUAUUUGAAAACUGUCUGUUUUAGUUAGUCAGAGGGAGAAAAUCUAGUGUACAAAUAGCUAUUGGCCUUACGCCUCUUCAUUUCUCAAUAAAAAAAUUCUUACUUGUGUUUUUAAUAUGUUAAGGUAAUCCUACACCAGUGACAGUAGAUCUAAAAGUGAAGAAAGAACAGUUCGAAUCCAUCACUGGACUACACAAUGAGUUAGCGCUAACACACACACACACACACACACACACACACACACACACACACACACACACACACACACACACACACACACACAAACAUUGGGGCUGCUGGUUUAUAUUUGGCUGCUACUGUGCCCAGGUGUUGCAUUGUGGCAGAGCAUGUUUGAGCUGUAGAUAGGAGCUGAUUAGAUGGAGAGGGCACCAACGUAAACACAGGAACUAAAAGCACAUUUGUAAAUGUAGUACAUAGAUCUGAACAUUAUUGAUGAAGAAGUGGGUUUUUAUAACAAUGUUGAAUGGAUGUGUAGCAGUUUAACACUGGCGUGCCUGUUUUCAGUGUGUGUAGAGCCGACCUCUAUGUGCUGUAGCUCAUAUGUGAAUAUGAGAUGAGCUAAUUCUACCGAAUCACAUAUUUUAUUAUGGUUUAACUACCUGAGAAGGUCAUUGACUUAGUUUCAGAGACAGAAUCAUUCUAGCCUCGGAAGCCCAUUUGGGGGUAAUGUCUGUGUAGUAUGGGGGGUUGGGUCUGUGCCUUCCCAAUGAGUGGCAAGUGUAUGUACUGUCUAUAAUAGAUUCAAAGUGUGCAUCCCAAAUAGCACCUUGUUCCCUAUAUAGGGGACUACUUUUGACCAGGGCCCAUAGGAUGCACCCUAGAUAUCAGAUGUCUGUGUAACCACAGUUGCAUUCACUUUGUCAUUGACACCCCCGUAGAUUGCACUUAGUGUAAAUAUGUGAAUAAGGAUUUCACCUCAAAUGAAACUCCCUUCAAUACCGACUUCUGUUCAGUGCAACUGAAUAGGGAAUAGGGUGCCAUUAGCCCUGUUCAGUGCAACUGUUCCCUCCCAAUCUAUAAAACAAUGGGAACAUAAAACUCAUUUGAUUCCCUUGUCAUGUAAUACAACUUGAUUUGUCCACUGUGAAACAGACAAAUGCAAUGUUUCAUCUAAUUUAUAAAGCAGCCUAUACUUGGGUGUUCGGGUUUGUACAAAAACAUCUCUGUACUUGCACAGGACUAAAAUAAAUGUUGAUUGGCAUUAGAGGCAACACCUGUACUGUAGUUAACACUGGGAAGACCGUUGUUCUGAAUGAUUCAUACCUAUUUAAUCAUGCUGGUUUUAUGUCUUUGAUUUGAGAGGUGACUUUUUUUCUUACAUUUUUAAAAUGGCUGUAUAAAGAAAUAAUUGUGAUGGCUCAAUUGUUGAAUCUGUGUAUCUCUUGUUCUGUAUAUUUGAGAUAAUUUUGCUUUGGGUUGACGACCAAUAAAUUAACUUGCCCCUUUGAAA